AUUCUGGUGCUAUCGGAACAGUCUUUAUAGACAACGAAUUAUCUGACGAUGGUUCUGCGGUUUAUCCUAUGAGUGCUACUCAAUUAAGCGGCAAAGCUGGUGAAAUGUCAAAUCUUAUUUCAACAGCACCAGCAGGAGCAGCGGCUUAUGUUAAAUCAUUCCAUCCAGAUUGGCCUGCUUCCUUCAUCAAAUCUGCCUUAAUGACCACUGCGUUUGACAUGAUUCAUACUGGGGAUCCUGGACGCGAAGUUUCCUACGGGUCUGGCCAGAUCGAUCCAUUGAAGGCCAUAAAUCCUGGUCUUGUGUACCACACAUAUACAGAAGACUACAUCAGUAUGCUUUGCAAUGUAGGUUUAGAUGCAAAGAACAUUCGACUUAUCACCAACCGCAGUUGUCCCAGUAAAAUUACCCUUCACUGGGUGCACAUAUUGUAGCUCACAAGCCUUUCAAGUUGACAUUUAGAAGGACAGUGACAAAUGUUGGGAAUCCAAAUUCCACAUAUCAUGCGACAAUCAGGGCAGACAGUGAUAGG